GCGCGCCCCCGCGGACACCUACCGGCGGUGGUUCCAGGCUCGAGCGCUCCGUGGGAUCUGGACGCUUCCUUUUUCCUUAACCGAUCUUUCGGCUGAUCUGCUGUGUACACUGCCACCAUGGGAGAGCUGUUCAGGAGUGAGGAGAUGACGCUCGCGCAGCUCUUCCUUCAGUCAGAGGCUGCAUACUGCUGCGUCAGUGAACUGGGGGAGCUGGGGAUGGUCCAAUUCCGUGAUCUGAACCCUGAUGUGAACGUCUUCCAGCGCAAGUUUGUGAAUGAAGUGAGACGCUGUGAAGAGAUGGACCGCAAGUUGAGGUUUGUGGAAAAGGAGAUCAAGAAAGCCAAUAUCCCAAUUGUGGACACUGGGGAGAAUCCUGAAGUUCCCUUUCCAAGGGACAUGAUUGAUCUGGAGGCCACCUUUGAAAAGCUGGAGAAUGAGCUGAAGGAGAUCAAUACCAAUCAGGAGGCCCUGAAGAAGAACUUUCUGGAGUUGACAGAGCUGAAGCAUAUCCUUCGGCGAACCCAGCAGUUCUUCAAUGAGAUGGAGGAUCCCAGUCUGCUGGAGGAAUCCUCCUCCCUGCUGGACCCAAAUGAGGCAGGGCGAGGCGCGCCUCUGCGACUAGGAUUUGUAGCUGGGGUGAUCAACAGGGAGCGCAUCCCCACGUUUGAGAGGAUGUUGUGGAGAGUAUGCCGGGGUAAUGUUUUCCUGCGCCAAGCGGAGAUUGAGGACCCAUUGGAGGACCCCACCACGGGGGACCAAGUUCACAAAUCGGUGUUCAUCAUCUUUUUUCAAGGAGACCAGCUGAAGAACAGAGUCAAGAAGAUAUGUGAGGGAUUCCGUGCCUCCUUGUAUCCCUGCCCCGAGACACCCCAGGAGAGGAAGGAGAUGGCAGCAGGAGUCAACACCCGUAUUGACGACCUUCAGAUGGUGCUGAACCAGACAGAAGACCAUCGUCAGAGAGUCCUGCAGGCUGCCGCCAAGACCAUAAGGGUUUGGUUUAUCAAGGUCCGGAAAAUGAAGGCUAUCUACCACACUCUCAACCUCUGCAACAUUGAUGUGACCCAAAAGUGUCUGAUUGCUGAGGUGUGGUGCCCCGUUUCAGACCUGGAUUCUAUCCAGUUUGCACUUCGCCGAGGAACGGAGCGGAGUGGCUCCACUGUGCCAUCCAUACUCAACAGGAUGCAGACUAAACAAACACCACCCACAUUCAACAAGACCAACAAGUUCACAUCAGGCUUCCAGAAUAUCGUUGAUGCCUAUGGUAUUGGAACAUAUAGGGAGAUUAAUCCAGCCCCAUACACCAUCAUUACCUUCCCCUUCCUCUUUGCUGUCAUGUUUGGGGACAUGGGACAUGGGGUGCUGAUGACCUGCGCUGCCCUCUACCUAGUCUUGAGGGAGAGCCGACUACUUGCCCAGAAGAGUGACAAUGAGAUGUUCAAUAUGGUAUUUGCUGGACGCUACAUCAUUCUUCUUAUGGGAAUCUUCUCCGUCUAUACUGGGAUUAUCUAUAAUGACUGCUUCUCAAAGUCAUUGAAUAUGUUUGGCUCUGGCUGGAGUGUCAGGCCCAUGUUCGGCAUAAAGGGAGGCAACUGGUCCUUUGAAACCCUUGAAGGUAAUCCUGUUUUACAGUUGGAUCCAGCAAUAGAGGGAGUCUUUGGUGGACCCUAUCCUUUGGGUAUUGACCCUAUUUGGAACAUAGCCCAAAACAAGCUCACCUUCCUCAAUUCCUUCAAAAUGAAGAUGUCAGUGAUUUUGGGUGUAAUCCACAUGCUUUUUGGUGUCACGCUCAGCUUGUUCAAUCACCUAUACUUCAAAAAACCUCUGAACAUCUUCCUUGGUUUCAUCCCUGAGAUUGUCUUCAUGAGCAGCUUGUUUGGAUACCUGAUAUUGCUCAUCUUCUACAAAUGGACUGCCUAUAAUGCUGCCACUUCCAAAGAUGCUCCGAGCCUGCUCAUCGCCUUCAUCAACAUGUGUCUCUUUAAUUACAGUGACCCUACAAACAAGCCUCUCUACAGAGGACAGAUGGGGAUCCAGUCUUUGUUGGUGGUGAUUGCCCUUGCAUGUGUUCCCUGUAUGCUGAUUGUGAAAACAUUGGUGCUUCGGCGUCAGUACCUGUGGAGGAAGCACCUGUCCCAGAAGAGGGAAGAAAGCCCUGCUGAGAAUCUAGAAUCUUUAGAGCAAACAACCGUGUCCUCAUCAUGCACCGGAAUCACUCAACAGGGCACACAGAAAUUUGGUUCGAUCCGGGUUGGCAAUGGGCCCACGGAAGAUGAGGCUGAGAUCAUCCAGCACGACCAGCUGUCCCAGCACUCUGAGGAUGAAAAUGAGCAUGCAGAAGAGGAAGUGUUUAACUUUGGAGAUGUGGCAGUCAAUCAGGCAAUUCACACCAUUGAGUACUGCCUGGGCUGCAUCUCCAACACUGCCUCCUACCUGCGGCUCUGGGCUCUGAGUCUGGCCCAUGCACAGCUGUCUGAGGUGCUGUGGACCAUGGUCAUGCACAUUGGCCUGUCCUCACGGAGCUAUGGUGGCUUUUUCGGGCUGUCCAUCAUUUUUUCGUUCUUUGCCACUCUCACCGUGUGCAUCCUGCUCAUCAUGGAGGGGCUGUCAGCCUUCCUGCAUGCCCUCCGUCUGCACUGGGUGGAGUUCCAGAACAAGUUCUACACGGGACAGGGAUUCAAAUUUGUCCCAUUCUCCUUCGAUAGCAUCCUAGAAGGAAGGUUUGAUGAGUAAACCUACCCAUGAUUGUUCAUCUCUCUUUGGGUCCUCUCAUCUGCUGCCCCCCAGCCCAAAGGAAGUAGUGUUGUGCUGUGUACUAUUUGACAUGUGCUGUAUUCAUUGGUGUUUAUUGUACAUUGGCUGCAGGGCCACUGGGGUAUUUCAGAGUGUUACUUAAAAAUGAUAUAGAAUAUAAAUAUUUUUAUUUAUUCAAUACCUGCUUUUUAUGAUUUGGACCUUUCUAGCUCAGCUGAUCUCACUAUAAAUGUAUCCAAAAUCUGCAUCUUUUUAGCCAAACUGCACACUCUUAAUAUUUUUGACAAAAGGUGCAAUGGCUAAACUUUUAACAAAUGUAAAAUAACCUGGAAAUAAAACAAAAAAAAAAAAAAAUCAUGGACCAUUAAACAAAGCCCUACUUAACCUUGUCGCCAACAUGUUUUGUCAUUUUACUGAUGUAAAUUAUGGAUGUCCAGAAUUCUUCAGGGUACCUGUUGUCUUAAAGGGCCUAAACUAUUUAUUUAUUGUACUGGUACUCAUAUUUACAGAAGUUAUUGGAGAAUGUUCACUUUGUUGAAAUGCAGGGUCCUUUAGUCCACUGUGGUUGAGAGAUAUACAACAUACUAUUCAGCAUUAUAGACUAAUUUUACACUUCUUCACUGUGCUCACUUCUUAGUCCAACAAGUAUGUCAAAUUUUGUCCAACUAUUCAGUAAUAAAAUGCUGAAACAAUCAUAUCCCACUGUGCUUAAGUCACCAUUGCCACAAAGCCUCUAUACAAUACCUUUGUCCCCCAAGUAGCUGUAUUUAAACUGGGUUAAAGGCAUGACUUGAAAAAAGUAAGAGCAGAUUUAUACCUGCCAUCAAGCACCAGGUUAUCAAAGAGUUUGAUUACUUAGACUUCAAAAAGUAACUACUGUUGAGGUUAUUUCUCACACUUUGUCCAGAGUCAUAGUGAAUUAUAGCGAAUAAUAGUGAAUUUCCAUUGUAUGGUAGAUUCAGCAUUCUGUCAAUGGUUUCUGAAUAUUACAAUAAAAAAGCAGUGCACUGUGAGAUAUUUGUACACUAAAGAGGAGACACGGUGUCAAAAUUACCCUGUUAUUGAUGUGGACUACCAUUUUUUGUGCCUGUUGAUGGAAACUGAAUUUUCACAGUAAUCAUGGUAUACAUUUAAAAAAAAAAAAAAAAA